AAUAAACACUACUAUGGGAAUUCUAGGCUUAUCAAAACUUAUCGCUGACAUUGCACCAUUCGCAAUUAAAGAAGGAGAAAUAAAAAAUUUCUUUGGUCGCAAAAUCGCCAUUGAUGCUUCUAUGUGCUUGUAUCAAUUUCUAAUCGCUGUGCGAAGUGAAGGUGCCCAGUUGACCACAGUCGAUGGUGAAACAACUUCUCAUUUAAUGGGAAUGUUCUACAGAACCAUCCGACUACUUGAAAACGGUAUUAAGCCAGUCUAUGUGUUCGAUGGCAAACCACCAGAUUUAAAAUCCGGGGAGCUGGCAAAACGUGCCGAAAGACGUGAAGAAGCUCAAAAAGCUCUUGAUAAAGCUACCGAAGCUGGUGAUGAAGCUGAUAUGGAUAAAUUCAAUCGUAGAUUAGUUCGUGUAACUAAAGAACAUGCUGCCGAAGCAAAAGAGCUCUUGAAACUGAUGGGUGUUCCAUAUGUUGAAGCACCAUGUGAAGCAGAAGCUCAGUGUGCAGCUUUAGUUAAAGCUGGAAAAGUUUAUGCUACUGCUACAGAAGAUAUGGAUGCCCUGACCUUUGGGUCAACUAUAAUGUUGAGGCAUUUAACCUUCAGUGAAGCAAGAAAAAUGCCAGUAAAAGAGUAUCAUUAUGAAAAGAUUCUCAAAGGAUUUGAAUUGUCUUCUAAAGAGUUUAUAGAUCUUUGUAUCCUCCUUGGGUGUGAUUACUGUGACAGUAUUAAAGGUGUUGGACCAAAACGUGCUAUUGAGAUGAUUAACACUUAUAGAGAUAUCGAGACUAUUUUGGAGAACAUUGAUAGAAAAAAGUACACAAUUCCAGAAGAUUGGAACUAUGAGGUUGCCAGACAGUUGUUUGUUACUCCAGAUGUCACAAAUCCAGAUGAGAUUGAUCUCAAAUGGACAGAUCCUGAUGAAGAAGGUUUGGUUAAGUUCAUGUGUGGUGAUCGACAGUUUAGUGAGGAUCGUGUACGAGGAGGAGCAAAAAAGAUUCUUAAAUCAAAGAAUACAUCUACUCAAGGGAGGUUGGAUAGUUUCUUUAAGGUUCUUCCAUCUACAAUGACCACACCAAAACGUAAGGCUGAAGAUAUAAAAAAGGGUUCUGCUAAGAAAGCCAAAACAUCAACUCCACGAGGAAGAAAACCAAAGUAAAUUUUGCAUUUAACAUAUAGUCUCGGAAUCCCAAUCUGGAAAAAUUAAAUAACAAGGAGUAAUCGUUCUUUAUUUUGUAUAUUCUAGAUUUUUAUUUUUCGAGUUUAUUUCCUAAUCAUAAGAAAUCCAUUAUAAGUCAAGAAAUCAUCUUUUUUUUUUUUUGUUAUAACCUUUUUAAGAAUACAACUACAAACCAAAAUAAAAUGUUUUUUUUUAUUCCUGUUUGUUUGACGGGCGACUCAAAGAAAUAGAAAUAAAUUAACUCAAUAUUAUA